AUGUACCACGUCGAACUCCUCCCCAGCACAAAAACUCACGCUACUCCGGGAUGGACCUAUGUCCCGGAUCGCGGCUUCGACCCAGCCAAAGCCGCCAUCACACCCGCCAUCGGCCGCAAACGCGGAAUCCGGGAUCCAGGCCGAGCGGAUCUCACCUCACGCCAGAGCAAUGCGAUCGUUCGACAUCUAGCGGAACUUGAUCGCGAGAACCACCGAGAGACUCAGGUCCCAAUCCCCGUGAAACAGAAGGAUGCAUCUGGUCGAGGAACAAGAGGCAAAGUCACCUCGAACGUGCGCCGAAUCCUACAAUCCCAAAAGACCUUCCGCAACUACCUCGACGACGAAGAAGCAUCCCUAGCCCAACAAGCAACCACCCAAGCCCAACAAACCACCUCCCACCGACCCUCCGUCAACAAAAUCACCAAACCCACCACUUCCUCCUCCCGCCGCAGCUCCACCCCCCUCACAGCCACCACCACAGCAGCAACAACAGCAUCAAAACCCGACACCUCACGCCAACGAAAACACCCCUCCAUCGCCCCAACCUCCUCCCGCGCCUCCACCGUAACCACCCUCGCCGAAACCACCGAAGCCGAACCCGAGACUCAACCCCAAGCCCCAGCCCCCGACAAAGAGAACCCAACAGAACCCACCAACACCACCGACCUCAUCAAAUCCGAACACGACAACGACCCGCUCCUGAAAUCUUAUAUCCCCUCCGCGCCCUCGGAGCGUAUCAUGCAAGCCCUGGUCGCGGAACCGCCAUUAACGUAUAAUGCAUCUCGUGCGGGACCGCCGAUAAUGAGGAAAUCGCCGAGGUAUUUCUGCUGCAUGUGUGGGUAUUGGGGUAAGAUUCGUUGCAAGAAUUGUCAUUUGAGGACGUGUGGGUUGGAUUGUUAUAAGGUGCAUGAGGAUUCGAGGUGUGGGGCGUUCUUUUAA